UGACAUUAACCCUCUGCCGAGCACGCCUACAUCCCGUUGUUGUGACAUUAUAAAAACCGCGCGUAACCGACGUAGAUGGUACAUUUUGACGCAGAAUAGUGACGGACCAAGGUGUAAGCAAACGUACAACGAUGCACGUGUCGGUGAUACUCGGCGCAGUAUUGCUACAGGCGAUUUACGUGUCCGCCGGGCCACCUGACUGGGUGCCCCCGGAAAUGUUGGAGAUGGUUCAAGGUGACAAGCAACGGUGCAUGGCCGAGCACGGAACGUCCCAAGCCCUUAUCGAUGAAGUUAACGAUGGGAAACUCACGAAUGACCGUAGUAUAACAUGCUACAUGAAUUGCCUCCUCGAUGCGUUCAGUUUGGUCGAUGAAGAGGGCAAUUUGGAAGCUGAAAUGCUGAUAAGUGUUAUACCAGAGGAGUUUCAAGAAAUUGGCAAUAAGAUUUUAAACAAAUGCGCUGUGCAAGACGGUGCGGAUGCAUGCGAAAAAAUAUACAAUGUGGCGAAAUGUGUCCAAGGUACAGUACCAGAACUAUGGUUCAUGGUUUAAUUCCCAUGGAAAAAUCUAUAAACAUGACGACAUCCUCCAACAGAUCCCGAAACAAACGAGAAACAAAGAGGUAGUACAGGGAUCUAAAUUACGUAAACUAAAAAAAUAUCCUUUGUGUAUAAUAGCACGUAAUAAUGAAUACGCUAUGUGGCUUAACAUGAAUAAAAUUUGUAGGUAAUGUUGUGAAUUAGAUAAACUAUAAAUAUGCAUUGAAACUGAAGCAGAUCGAUGCGUAAAAACGAAAUAUUUAUGAAUCCAUGUUCAAUUAAACAAUUUUUUAUGAUUUUAUUCGCUUUUGAUUCCAGUACCAAAAAAAAAAACGUAUGUUUCUCGCAAAAUGUUAUGUUUGCAAAACUAUCGUGUAUAGAGUGAUUUAUGUACAUUAAAUAAGUAAAAUUUUGAAAACUAAGUUACGGAAUAAAAGUUAAUUAAAUACGA